AUGAACACUGAUCUCGUGGAUGAUGAUUCGAAGUUCGCUUCACCGUCAAACACUAGCCGGACCCUAGUUUUGGUCGGCUUGACUGGAAACGGAAAGAGUGCCCUAGGGAACAGUAUUCUUGGAAAAAACGCAUUUAGGUCCGGAGCAAGUCCUCUAAGAGUCACCAGCACAUGCCAGUCACAAAGAGUUGUGCAAGAUGAUGGUCAUAUCAUCAAUGUGAUUGAUACUCCUGGUCUGUUUGAUUCGUCAACAUCAUCAUCGGAUUCUAUAGAUAAAGAAAUCGCGAGGUGCAUAACUGUAGCCGAAGAUGGAAUCCAUGCAGUCUUGUUGGUGUUCUCUGUGAGGUCUCGUCUUACAGAUGAUGACAAGCUUGUGUUUUCUCACUUGCAAACCCUUUUUGGCAGUAAAAUCGCUAAGCGAAUGGUCAUUGUUUUUACGUGUGGCGAUGAGUUGGAAGAGGACGUAGAGACUUUGGAGGAUUAUUUGACUGAGGGGUGUCCAGAAUUCCUCAAGACCAAUGAUAAGGUGAAGAAAGGUGAGCAAGUUGAGAAGCUUCUCGCCCUUGUUGACGUGGUUGCAAAGCAAAACAAUGGAAAACCAUAUACAUAUGAGUUAUUCACUGAGCUACAGGAAGAGGCUUGUAAGCUCCGUGACCAGAGAAAGGAGAUUGGAACUCAAACAGAGAUUUCAGAUGACAAACACCAAGAUGGUAUUUCUUGUUGGGAAAGUGCAUAA